AUGGAUCCACAACCACAACCACAACCGGUUCACAAUAACGAUUCAGAUGAAGAUGAUGAGAACGUGAAGCAGCUCCAGCAAUGCUCUUCUCUCUACUUAUUAUUACAGGAAUUGGAAGGUUUUCCAGAAAGUGUGUAUAAAGGCUACACCAUGCCUAAGGAAUCUGAACAUUAUUUACUCUCUUGUGGGCUUAAGAAUGCUCUUUCUUCCAUCAGAGCCAUGGAUUUGACAGAAGGGCAAUUUGGAAGCCUUGUGCCAUGCCCUUUUCAGGGUGCUUGUAUUCUUGAGUUUGAUGGUUCAUGUAAAGGAAAUCCAGGACAAUCAGGGGCAGGAGCUGUGUUACGAACUGUUGAUGGAAGUUUGUUUUCUAGAUUGCUUGAAGGUUUGGGUAUAAUAACUAAUAAUGUUGCUGAAUAUCGAGCUAUGAUUUUAGGGUUAAGAUGUGAUCUUAGCAAAGGAUUCACAAGUAUAUACGUUGUAGGCGACUCUAAAAUCGGUAUAGAUUUCCUGAAGGUUCUUAUGAUGGGCAAGUCAGAAUAUGGAGUAAAGAUGGAUAAUUUUUAUCUUCUGAACUGCAAGGAUGAUGACAGUGCAUUUUUAUCUUCUGAACAUAAUAUGGAGCUUGUGUGUCAUUGGAGGAGGCAUCACACACGUUUCUUUCCUAUGAAGCAUGGAGAUAAAGUUUGCACUGAUAGGAUUGGCAACAUUCUUCCAGGGGCUGUGGUUGACACCAAGAUUUGUCACCCAAUGGAGUUUGAUUUCUACCUGUGUAGUCAUGCUGGUAUUCAGGGAACAAGCAGGCCAACACAUUACCAUGUGUUGUAUGAUGAGAAUAAGUUCACUCCUGAUGGUCUCUAA